CGGCGCGGGCCCCGCUCCUCCGCCGAGCCCCGGCGGCUCUGCUGCCUCGCAGGAACUCGGCUCGCUCGGAGGGGCAGGCAAAAAGGGGGAGCCCAGUGCUCAUCUACCGCUCCCGAAUGUGGGCUGCAGGCCCCCUCGGGAGGGUCUCCUUUAGCAGGGACUGACUUUACCGAGGGAGACACCAUCACUCUUCUGGGUUUGCCCAUCCUGCCCUGACAUGAUGCAUGCAUCCUCUGGAGAGGAGGGUCCUCUUCUUAACACCCUGUCCCUGGAGACCCCUCAGCGCUGCCCUGCAUCUAGCUGACUGCUGUCUCUGCUGCUCCAGGAACCACCAGCCUCCACACAGGAGAUGGCAGCUUUUGAGAGAGAGUAGUUGACUUGCUGCCUCUAAGAUGCCUCUCAGUUCUGUCUUCAGAGGGAGAUGCAUGGUCCAAGAUACUCUCUCAGGACUAACAGAUCUGUGUCUGUGAGAGACUGAUGCUCUGCGUGGCCUUCUGGAAUAUCACCUGACUUCCCACACAGGCAAACCAUCUCACUUUGGCACCAGGAGUUUGCUGCUGGAGAUUGCUGCUCUUUUCCUCCCUCCUGUUCCCUGAAGCCUGAACUCUUCUCUGCCCCCUCCAUCACCGUGGCCUGUGGAGGAUCCCUGUGUGCAAGUUGCUGCUGGGAGAAACUGAAGUAGAAUUGAAAUGGGGGACUGAGGAGCAAGCAAUGUCAUUCACCAGUUAGCAUGAUCUGGGAGAGUGUGCAUUAUCCUUGCCUGGUGCUGUCAGCACUGCCCUUCUUGGAGAGACCAACUUCACACUACCACCCAUUCAAGGAAGUCCUGCAGCUUCUGGAAAUAACCAGUUCCUUGGUGUUGUCAGCAAUCAACAAUCUGCUAUUUUCCAUGGGGACACCACCAACCAAACAAGCUGAGCUCGUCUUCCCUCGAGAAAUUCCCUGAUCUCUCUGUGAGGAGGAACUUGCAGCUCGGCCUUGCCCCUAAGGCAGGAGCUGGAUCCAAAUGUAUCCUCAGCCUGCUGUCUUAGACCUGUUCCUGUUUAAGGUCACUGAGAACAUCUCCUGCUAAUUCAUCAUGACAUAAUAGCUGGUCUCCUGCUCCAUCCACAGGAUAAGUUUCUUGCUUCCUCUUGGUCUACACAGAUGUGACUCCAGGUGUUCAGCUGUCUUGUCUGAUACAGCGCCCUGGGAUGCCAUCAGGAGCUCGAAUGCCCCAUCAGGGGGCUCCCAUGGGUCCUCCAGGCCCCCCAUACGUUGGAAGCCCCUCAGUGCGACCGGGGAUGCCCCAGACUGUGAUGGAAACAACACGAAAACGCACUGCACCACAGCAGGUCCAGCAGCAGCAGGUGCCGCAGCAGGUGCAACAGCAGCAGCAAGCCACUCAGAACCGAGCUAGGAGUGCCAAGAGGAGGAAGAUGGCUGACAAAAUUCUCCCUCAGAGGAUCCGGGAGCUGGUUCCUGAGUCUCAGGCCUACAUGGAUCUCUUGGCCUUUGAGCGCAAACUAGACCAGACCAUUAUGCGGAAGCGUGUGGAUAUUCAGGAAGCACUGAAGAGGCCAAUGAAGCAAAAGCGGAAACUGAGACUUUACAUCUCCAACACAUUUAAUCCUGCAAAAUCAGAUGCUGAUGACUCUGAUGGCAGCAUUGCUUCGUGGGAGCUGCGCGUGGAGGGGAAGCUCCUGGAUGAUCUCAGCAAACAGAAACGGAAGUUUUCAUCUUUUUUUAAGAGUUUGGUUAUUGAACUGGACAAAGAUCUUUAUGGACCUGACAAUCAUCUUGUGGAGUGGCACAGAACUCCCACAACCCAGGAAACAGAUGGCUUCCAGGUGAAGAGACCUGGGGAUGUCAGCGUGCGAUGUACAUUACUCCUCAUGUUGGACUACCAGCCACCCCAGUUCAAGCUGGACCCGCGGCUGGCCCGCCUGCUGGGGAUCCACACGCAGACACGCUCGGCCAUCAUCCAGGCUCUCUGGCAGUACAUCAAAACAAACAAGCUGCAAGACUCCCACGAUAAGGAAUACAUUAACUGCGACAAGUACUUCCAGCAGAUCUUUGACUGUCCACGGCUAAAAUUUUCUGAAAUUCCUCAGAGACUCACUAACCUACUGCUGCCACCAGACCCGAUAGUGAUAAACCACAUCAUCAGUGUUGACCCCAACGAUCAGAAGAAGACGGCUUGUUAUGACAUAGAUGUAGAAGUUGAAGACCCAUUAAAGGGCCAGAUGAGUAGUUUUCUUCUCUCAACAGCUAACCAACAGGAGAUAACAGCAUUGGAUAACAAGAUUCAUGAGACAAUUGAAUCCAUUAAUCAGCUGAAAAUACAACGUGAUUUUAUGCUGAGUUUCUCCAAGGAUCCCAAAGGAUACAUCCAAGACCUUCUCCGGUCCCAAAGUAGGGAUCUUAAGGUGAUGACUGAUGUGGUUGGAAACCCGGAGGAAGAACGCAGAGCUGAAUUUUAUCACGAGCCUUGGUCUCAGGAAGCUGUGAGCAGAUAUUUCUACUGCAAGAUCCAGCAGCGCCGACAGGAAUUGGAACAAUCUUUGGGAGUGCGUAACACAUAAGUACUGCUCACAAAAUUCCAUUGGCAUCAUGACCACCAAACCAGUGGACUUCUCAGUGUUACUUAGCUCACUGUUACACAUGGACCUGCUUCCUGACUGGAUGAGAACGUGCCAUCAACACACCAGUCAGAACACCAGCUUUAGAGUGACCCUUGACACCCAGGAUGGGUGUCAAACCAUUCCAAGCCAGAGACAGCACCAUACAAGUGUCAGUGUGAAAGAAGACUAAAGAUUCACUCAUCAACGCACAUUGUUAAGUUUUAGUGGAAAGUUAGACACUACACAGCAAAUCCUAAUGGGCUAUGCUUAGAAUCAUGGUGGCACCGAUGGCGGAGGUUGAGAUAGGUGUUCUAGGAGACUACGGAUUUAGAGAAAUAAAUGCAACUCUUGCCCUGUGGUACCCAAGAGUCUCAAACAAUAACUUAUCUGGAAUUAGACAAGAUAGUCUUUCUUAUAGCUGUGGAAUGCUUUAUAUUCCUGAAUAGAGUUUUUAUUUCAGCCAGACCAAUGCAAGAAGCUGUCUCACCAUCUGAAAGAACAAGCUAGGAGCAUUUACAUCCUGGAAUGUAGAGCCCAUCUGGAAGAAAGACAUAUAGUCAGGCCAUCUCUUCUGCAGAUGCAAAUAAUUUCUCUUCCCCUUGUCCUGGCAGUGAAAGGUAGAUUGAAUCACGUCUCACUAGAUGGGUAUGAUCUGUACACUGUACUGAGAGAAAGAGAAUCAUUCCUGGGAUAAGAGCUUCUUACGCAUCCUUAAUAUCAGUGGUAUUAGCAACAAAUGAGGCAUUCUGAGAAAGCUAAAAUAACGUCAUAGUGCUUUGCUGAUGCCUGCCUUUAACACAGCAGAUAUUAACAAUAAGUAUAUAUGUAAAAUACCAGAUUAUUUAAAUGUUUCUCUGUGUGCCUGUAGGGUUCAUCACUGAAAAUAACUUCCUAAUUCUUGGUGUAGAAUCCAAGAAGCUUAACUUAAUGUCACAUGGUAGUUUUUUCUUUACUUCAAGAUGUUAACAGAGUCCCUGGAUUGGUCUCACAUUUUGACCAUAGGUGAAUUGCCUCUUACUAUGAAUUACUUAGCUCUCCCAUACAUGAUACAUGCUGGUUAUUUUGGAUACUGUUGAGUUAUAAAGCACUGUCAGCCUUAAAUAGCACAGAGAACAUAUCCCUUGGAAAUCAUCUUUGUAAAUGUAUGGCAAAUUCAGAUAAUGGGAAUUUACAGAACAAUUACUUGGAAGCAGGGACAUCUUCCUUGAAUCCUCAUUUUUUGUAGUGCACAGAUGAGGUGUAAUAAAGGCCCAAUAUAAUUUCUCCUCCAAAAAGCAGCUGCCAAAGUAUAACUGUCCAUUUGAUGUGGCACUCAAGAUCCUCCUCUAGGAUCCUUUUCACCUCCUUUCUUACACUUCCUUGGAAAAAGAAUCAAAUUCACAUGUGGUAUGGAAGGAAGGCAGCUCUUCUGAAUAAAUGCAUUUUUUCUCUAGUGAUGUGUUUUCUGCUGUCUUUGCCAAUUUCUCUCUUAGUUUGACUUAAAAGUUUCUUCUCUUCAGUCACAGAAGAGAUAGUCUUCUCUUUACCCCUUUAUUUAAUAUCUUUGUCUUCACAUUAAUAGUGCCAUAGCUUUUAAUCCAUCCAUUGUGUUCAGAGAUGUCUUGGAAAAUUUACUUUUGAUUGAAUUUACGUGAUGGCAGUACUCUCCCACAAAACCUGUUGGUGUGAGAAAAAGUACGGCAGUACUUCAUGGUCUGAGGCCUUUUACUGGGAAUGGCUUGAUUCGGCAUUUUUCCCUUUUGUGUUAACGCCUCUUUUCACAGUAAAAUGUGAAAUCCUGCAGUCUUAAACUGGUUAUACUGAGGGACUAUGAGGCUGCCACAGUGAUGGACUUGAAACAUUACUUAAUUUAGAACUCAGCAAAUUGGACUACAAGCAAGCAUUAUGAGAAAAAAGCAGUGGGGGUCAUCUGCUGCUGUGCUUCCAUAUUUUUUAUGCUGCUGUGUCCGUUGUGUGCAUGCUGCUUGAUGUAUAAAACUCUUGUCUGUAUGUGGCAAACAGCGGCUACAUUCAGGGAUAUGCUCAGUCUGCGGGAAUAAGAAAUGCAGAGAAAAAUACCAAGGAUAUGAGAAGGGCACAGGACUGAGAUAGAUUCCUGCAGAAUGUCUGCCUGGGAAUUCUGGGGUUUGAGAGCCUUCCUGCUGAAAUGGCAGAUAUUUGAGAGCAAUACCGGCCAUUUACCACAGCUGACAGCAUACUGGAGUCCAGCCUGGUUUUAGAGCCUCUGUAGAAUUAAUUGGAUGGAUCUGGUUCCAAGUCUCUUUCAGAGCAAAUUAACAAAAUUAAUAUGGUGUUGGUGCCAGUGUUCACAACUGCAUCACUGAAAGCUGAAGCUCUGUCAAGCAGCAGUGUUAUACUGAAAUGGGUGUGUGCAUGAAUCAGCCACUGAAGAUGGCACUGGAGAUAGCAGUCCAGAAUCUAAAUUCUUGUAUUUCACUGUCUAUGAAAACAGACUGGUCAAUACCAGUGAGUCUUAGGACUAGCUGUCAGAUGUCUUUCCUUUGGUUAAACUGAGAUUUGAAAUUCUGAUGCCUUUUUCCUGUGUUCAGGAACUGUUCAUGUCUUUUCACUGAAUCAGAAAGAGAAAAAUUUUGUCCUUUUUUCCAUAGGUGCAGGUAAGAGCUUGCUUGUUUGCGAAACAAAGAAAAACUUUAUUUGAAGAUAAAUAAUGGAGCAAUACUGGAAGUGACUAGACCAAGUGUUGCUUGAGCAUUGAAAAUGAAAGGUGGUGGCACUGAACAGGCAGGUAAUUUUGGCAGACUGUGAAUGAGGAAUUUAUUUUAAGUUCAGGAUAGUUGUCUUUUCGUGUGUAUAAAAGAUGGCAAGAUGUUUUGGGGUCUUCAGUUACCACCAUACAAAUCUAUGCAUACUGCAAAAAAACAUUCUGUGCAUAGAAGUAGUUCAUGCAUAGAUGAUAAUAUAGAUUGUUAGAAAAUACAGCAUCAAACUAGGAAAAAGUUCAGUGGAAUUCUGGAGUACCAGUAGGAGGGAAAUGUAUCUUGGAGCAGAAGUGUGGACAUGGCAGGUUAGAAACAGGUUUCUUUAAUCUUCUGGGUUGUUGGCCAUGAGGCAGGAAACAGAUCAAAUGUUUCUUAGAGAUUGAAAAGGAAGCAAAUGUUCAGUUGUGGAAUAAAGAGAAAAAUACAACAGUGGGAAAGGAAAUUUUAAAAUGGAGCAGAGUAUGACUGAAGCACCAGAAAGACACAGCACAAGAUAAGGUGCAAAUUACUGUUGGAAAUAGCACAGCCCACGUGAGUCUGUGCUUUCUCUGUGCAUGUGUAUGUGGACACACACCAUGUGUCUCUCAUGGGAGAGACAGUCGCAGUCGGUGUGUAGCCUAGAAAGUGGGGGGCAACGACAGAACCAAAAGUUUUGCAAAUAACUUUGAGACACACUGUCGCAUUUUCGCUGUUACCAGCAGGGAUUCAGUUUUUCGGCAUAGCAGGGUUGGUAGCUGUAGUGUAGACAUUGUCUCAGCUGGCCGUUUUUUUACACCACAUUGUUUAGGACUUACCCUGUGGAAGCCAGGUGAAAAUAUUAGUAUUUAAAUCUAUAUUGGUGCAUAUCUUGAGCUCCUAAUUUUGCCAAAAUGCUAAUCAUGUAUUUGGGGGUUGUUGGUCUGGUUUUGUGUGGAGAGCUCUUUUAAGGCAAUGCAAAGAGAUAAGGAGGGAAAGAAGACUUUUCCUGAAGAAAGUGGUCUCCUUUCUGUAACUGCUCUGUUGUUUAAUAGGAUAUAUCUGUUCUGACAGAUCCUGUAUUAUAAACAUCUUUUCCAAACUCACUGAAGAGAGGAACUCCAUUUAAAAAAUACAACAGUGGGUUUGUGAGAGUGAGCAAACACAUGUAUAAAGAACAGAGGGAAGGGAGAGGGAGACUCCCUCUGCUCUGUAGCCACCGUUGUAUGAUGCUGAGUGAUUCAUCGAAGAGCUUUUAACAAUAAAUACUUUGUUUCUUUGUA